AUGAGUACUACCAUUGCUGUCUUGAUCGUAUUAUUUCUAAAGCUUUCAUUAGCAAAAGCCUUGGUAUCAUCAUAUUGGAGAUAUGGUCAAUCACAACCUCGUGUGGCAUCCACGCCACUGAAAAUGACAGGCAACAACAAGAUGGAUCAUUUGACAAAGAUUGAUCGAGUGUUGUGCAUUUCCGAUUUGCACGUGGAUCACAAUGACAAUAUGGAAUGGUUGGCGAAUCAUACACUGGCAGACACAAUAGAGGGAAUCAGCUUGCAAGAAAGCGAUCUCGUCGUUGUGGCCGGUGAUAUUUCUCACGACUUGGAGCGCAUCGAGCAAGCACUCGGAUAUCUCCAACGACAAGGAUCUUCCAUUCUAUUCGUGCCGGGCAACCACGAAGCCUGGCUUCAUUCCAGCGAACUGGACAAGGGAGAUUCCUAUGAAAAAUUGGAACGCAUUAAUGAUUUGUGUCAAAGCAUGUGCGUUCAUACCAACCCAGUCUUGGUGGGGAACACGGAAGAACGACCACAUGGCUUGUGGAUAGCUCCACUGCAGAGUUGGUAUGAUGGAACAUUGUCGGUUGCCAGUUUGGAGGAUCUUUGCGAUGACUUUGGACGGUGGCCUUGGGUCGACUUUAUUAAAUGUCGGUGGAGGAACUUUGCUCCGAUGGGUGGCGGCAACAAGCGAAUCCCCAAUGGCUUGGUGGAAUACUUUUUAGAACAAAAUCGAGUAGUGUGGGAUGGCAUGGAAGAUGCCAUGAAGAGCAGCCCUGGUGCGUCGUGUUCCAACCUCAUGACAGUGUCCCAUUUCCUCCCCAAUCAACAAUGCUUGCCCGAUUGGGUGGACGUGGAUUCAUCCGAGUUUGAUCGUAACAAAUGGUUGGAGCAUGGUGGGGGUGGAGUCUCGGCCAAAUUUGCCAAGGUAGCUGGAACGAAGCUCUUGGACGAACAAAUUCGAAACCACAAUUUGGCACCGAUUCAACGACAACUUCAUAUCUUUGGGCAUUCGCACCGACCCAAAGACUUUGAAAAGGAUCAAAUACGGUAUAUUCACAAUCCACUAGGAAAGCCACGAGAACGUGACAUAUUCAUGGUCUCUCCGAAAGUUGACUUUCAACCGGUUUGGGACACAAGAUCAGGAGAAAUUCGAGGCGAAACCAUUAUUCGAUUCUGGGAUGAAAAGGGAGGAGGAGUGGACGCUCUCAGGGAGCGAAUGAAAAAGUCAAAACGCAAGACGAGAUAUGGAAAAGGCUACAAGAAAGUAAAGAAGAAAUCGAAGAAUCAAACCACUGAAAGGAGUUCAAGAUAA